AUGGCGGAAGAGGAGAGCCAGUUUGAAGAAUUUGAGCAAAUAGACUUUUUAAGAGAUAGACAUGUACGAUUCUUCCAGAGAACACUACAGGUGUUGCCUGAGAGAUACGCCUCGCUGGAAACAACAAGGUUAACGAUCAUAUUUUUUGCCCUGUCUGGUCUCGAUGUGCUGGACGCUCUGGAUGUGAUUGAUAGGAACACCAUGAUUGAGUGGAUCUACUCAUUACAGGUUCUGCCCACAGAAGACCAAGCUAACCUUAGUCGUUGUGGAUUUCGAGGAUCGUCACAUAUUGGAAUUCCUUACAGCACUAAGGGUCCAGGUGUGCUUCAUCCAUAUGACAGUGGCCAUGUAGCCAUGACCUACACUGGCCUUUGCUCGCUGCUAAUACUGGGAGACGACCUGAGCCGAGUUAACAAACAGGCCUGUCUGGCUGGUCUCAGAGCACUGCAGCUGGAGGACGGCAGUUUCUACGCAGUGCCAGAAGGAAGUGAAAAUGAUAUACGGUUUAUCUACUGUGCAGUCAGUAUCUGUUACAUGCUGGAUGACUGGUCAGGCAUGGACAUCCAAAAGGCCAUUGAGUACAUCAGAGGAAGUUUGUCGUACGACAAUGGGUUUGGCCAGGGAGCUGGGCGAGAGUCACAUGGUGGCUGGACGUACUGCGCCAUAGCCUCUCUGUGUCUGAUGGGUCGACUGGAGGAAGCGCUGAGUCAGCGGGAGCUGGACAGGAUCCGGCGCUGGUGUAUCAUGAGGCAGCAGAGCGGCUUCCACGGGCGCCCAAACAAACCUGUAGACACAUGCUACUCCUUUUGGGUGGGAGCUACGCUAGAGCUGUUAGAUGUGUUCCAGUAUACAAACUUUGACAAGAACAGGAGCUUCAUCCUGUCCACGCAGGAUCGGUUGGUGGGAGGGUUUGCCAAGUGGCCCGACAGCCAUCCAGACCCUCUCCAUGCCUACUUAGGGCUGUGUGGUUUGUCUCUGAUCGGAGAGCCCAGUUUGAGGAAGGUCCACCCAGCUCUUAACAUCACCCAGAGAGCCUUUCAGCACGUCCAGCAGCUGCAGCAGACAUGGCGGGACAGCACUGGCAGCUGUAGCAGACAGCAUUGACAGCAGGAUGAUCCACAGCUCUGUCUCUGAACAGGUUCAGUAAUCAGGAACAUCUAACUCUAGUCAGUCAAAGGCAACUGGACUUUUGCUGUGUGUCUUGAAGACAUUUGGCCAAUCAUCUGAGAGGCCUCCUCAUGUCCGGAAUUGGGAAUCGGGAUACACAGUAGUAACUUCGGCUCAUUUCAAAUCCAUCUCAAGUGACAUUUCUGUUAAGCAAUAUACGCCACAUUUCUUUUGCUGCCUUUUUAUCAUUUAGACUGUAGUAAAUAACAAUGUGCAUUGUGGUUUGUGGGGGGGAAAAAUGAUGUGCCAGAAAGUCAAAUUUGAGUCACUGAAGACAUUUCAGAUGCCUCACUUUUGCAAACUUUUUAGAUGAUGCAGUUUUGGAAGCUUCUUGCUCCUCAUUAUAGUCAACAACACAAUCUGCUGUAAACCUUCUUAGUCAAGGAUGAAGUGACUCUCUUCACAUGCAUAUAAGAAACGUUCACUAAGACCCAGAGGAGGCUUGGAGAACUUCUAAAUUGUGUCUUUUUAAUGGUUCUGCAGUAACUGGUGGCUUCAGUAGCUGACAGUGUUUUGAGUGGGGUGAUGUAAUUUUAUGUGAAUUGCUUAGAUAUGCGUUUGCUAUCGCUGAAUAAUGCCCCUGUAUAAUAAGAAAAUGUCGCAAAUAAGUUCCUAAGUUUUGUUUUCAAAAUGUAAAUAAUAGACAAAAUAUAAUGUUUCUUUUAGAUAACCCUUCCUACUUCCUCAAACAAAAAAACACCCCAAGGCACUGAGCUCCCUAUACAGUAUUGUUUGCCUCUCCGCGCCUCUAACAUCUCCAUCCUCACGUUGCUCUUGAAUCUUUUCAAAGAUCCUCUUGUCCCAAAGGUGAUACCAGCCUGGCAGGUAAACUCUCCCAUGUUUCUCACUUCGCCUCCCUGCAGGCUUUGUGUAGAGAUCUAAAUUAUAAUAGAACCACUGGGGUGAAAUUCACGGAAGAGAGCCAACAACCACGCCAAGGGGCAAAUCUAUGAUGGAAGAAAAAAAAUCUAAAACUUGUUUAAAAAACAAAAGAAAAAGUUAAGCUCCAGGCCUUAUCAUCUCGGAUCACAAGAAUAGAAUGUAUUGUUCACUUAUUUCCAGAGGCUAACAGAAAAUGGAUUGGGCCAAAGAAAAAGGGGAGUAAAUUCCCUUCUUUCCGUCAAGGUAGUAGCCCCCUGACUCUGGAACCUUGAACUGAUCCGAGCUACCUUCUUUCACCAGCGUUAACGCUCCCUGCAAGGCACUAGCCAGCCUGAAAUCAAUAGUAGAAACAUGAGACAGUGGUGGCAUAACUUGGGGAUAUGUAUCCUUUUUGAACAACGCUGGGAAUUGACGUAUUAUUUUCAGAACAGAAAGGACGCAGGGCAAAAAACAAAGAACAAUACACAUGAGCAGAAUGUGCCACUUACAGCUCACACAAGUGACCUUCCUGUGCUGUGCUGUGCUGUGCUGUAAGAUCCUAACAUGUUGACAUACAGGCACUGAUAUUGUGAGUUGAGCUGCUCUUGCCUUCUCAUCACACCAAUGCUCUGAUUCCCAGUGAGGGACAAUUGUCAUUUCACAGGUCCCUCCAGCCCCUUGUUGAAGCCACACCCUGUCAUUAUAAGACUGCAGUCACAGCAAACACCUGCUCCCUGAGAUGACGAGUGAGGUGGAGACAAUAUCACAGCAGGACAGAAAUCCAGCAGCCUGUCUGCAACAUGUUACCUGCGGGAGUCUACUGUGUGUAGACCGUGAUUAUGAAAAUAUAAUAUCACCUCUGUGGUUUUCCUUCCACCAUCUAAAAUGAAGCUGUAAAACUUGGCCUUGUCUCCCUUCCCACCAGGUUGCCCUCUUUUUCAGACUUAAAAAAAUAGAGCAGGCAGACAGAGGAAAAGAGAGAAGAGGGGAGUAGAGAGGAAUAAAUAAAUCAUUUGACACAUCUAUUAUUAAAAGUAAACUGUCGGUGUCUGGAUUCUCCUCUCUUCACCUCGACCACACCACCAGUGUUGUAUAGCCUUAUUUUGGUGCGAAAUCAAUUGCUUCUUUGCAUUUUAUAUUGCUGUAUUGUUUUGUUACUGUUUUGCCUAAAACAAAAGGCUUUGCUACAAUUACCCUUGCAACUUCUGUCCUCUUGCCAUUUUUCUUUUUUUUUUACAAACAUUGUGUUACCAUAACAUUUGUAUUAAUUUCACCUUUGGGAAAGUAUAGCUUUGACUUUCAUUGCUACUGCUGUAAUGAGCGUCAGACACAUAAAUAAUGUUUUAAUACAAGCUAAAUGAAAUUGGUUUCUAAAUUAUUCACCAUGUAAUAUUCUGGUAUCAAUCUUUUUGUAACUAUAGAAAUGUCCUAAACCUUGAGUGUUCCUGAGUCCAAAAUGCACUGAAGGAGAACGACCAUGUCUCCCAUGCGUCCUCUCAAGUAACUUGCACCACCUCCUUCGGCUGGGCUCUGUCAUUAGUGUACAUAGGCCAAGUCACAUGGCAAGACCACGCUCUCAAACUCUGAAAUGUGCCUCACGUAGCAUUGUUCUGGCUCUCUGAAUGCUCUCUUCUUCCUUUUUUCUGAUUUCACUACAUGUACAGCAUGCUUGAAUUGGUCUUAGCUUGGCUGUUAUCAUUCAGAAAGGCACUGAAUAUAGUGUUCUCUGGAGAGGAUGGAGGAAAGGGGUCUCCUAAAUCGUAGUAAACAUUCACCCUGUUGAAAAAUAAAUGUCCUCCUCCCGUCUUUGUGUUCACUUAUCCAGUCGGGCAUUAGCUGACUGGUAGAGGUCGCUGUACAAGAAUCUGACUUUGUCCCUUCAUGUCUGAUCGAUAGUGUAUUUUCAGAAGGAGGGAAGAAUUCAUUGACACAGAACCCAUAAAUGCUUACUCUACUUAAAAAAAGGAUGAAAGAUUGGAUGGAUGGAUUUGCCACUUACUGCAUCUCAGCAGUUGCUAAAUUGCGUCUCCUUUUUGCUAUGUCACGCUGCAGUCGAUACUCUCUGUCCCACAGCAUGUAAAGAGGGGGCCGAGGCUUUGUGCUUUAAAGCCGGCUGCUGCGUUUAGAUCGUCCAGAGGUGUGAAAGGAUUGUGAAAGCUAUUUAGAGAUGCAGCCAAAAUGCCACUCGUGGUCAACCAUGAACCCUUGCUUUAUCAUCAGCUAAUAUACAUAAUGUAAUAAUAAAUAAUGUAACAAUAAAUGUAAUGGAAUUUAUUUUUUCUAUGCUUUGUAGAGAGAUUGGGUGUGGAUAAAUAUGAAAUGUGUAUAUAAAUAUGUGACUUCUAUUGUGCAAGUGCUUAACAGGAGAAAGAAAAUGUUUACAGCUACAUCAGUAAGACGGUUAGAGGAAUUGGAUAUGCAAAUGUUGAUAUGAGAUGUAUUAUAGUACUUCAGCUUUGAAUUUGAGGACAGUAAUGUUGAUUCUAGCUUUGCAGUGCAUACUGUAUUUAUGGUGAAUAAAAACACGUACUAACUUUUA